AUGCAGUAUUACUGUUGGAUGUGCCUGCAGAGUUGGAAGUGGCAAAAAAUUGAAGGAACAGUACAAAUAGUCAAAGCUCUGGGAAGAGUAAGAGUCAGGGAUUAUAAAGAAGGACCAACACCAGGAUUUCUACAUGUGCUGUGUGAAUGCAGAGAAGUUGUUGAUUCUGCAAGCCUACCUGUAGAAGUAAUACCUGCAGAGGGUGGGAAGCCUUGGAAGAUAGUUGCAGCGGAAAAAGCUGAGUUGCCACCUCCUGGAUUUGCUGAAAAACUGUCAAAUCUGCUAAUACAGGAAGGAAAGUCUGUCUCUGAUCUACAAGCUAUGUUCUCUUCACCCAGUUCCAAUGCAGGGUCUCCAGAAGCUAUAAUCCGUGCGGUGGGUGAGCUGCUGGAAAAGACUUCGAAGCCUGUCAGUGAUGGAAGUGCAUACCGACGUUUGAGAGUUUUUUCAGGUGCUGUCCCUAUUCCGGCAGGGGAAGAAGCCUUAGAGACCUGGAUGGAUCAAGCUAGAAUGAUGGUCAUGGAGUGUGAAUGCUCAGAGAAGGAGAAGCGCAGACGAAUCGUUGAAAGUCUGAAGGGUUCAGCCCUGGAUGUUGUGAAGUCUAUCAGAUUUGCUGAUCCAGACGCACCUUCUCUUCAGUAUCUUGAGGCUUUGGAUGGGGCUUUUGGAACUCCUGAAUCAGGAGAAGAUUUAUAUUUUGCUUUCAGGUUGUUAAGGCAGAAUCCAGAUGAAGCACUUUCUGAUUUCUUGAAGAGAAUGGAGAAAUCUCUGACAAGGGUAGCGCAAAAAGGUGGGUUGCCUGGAAACAAUGUUGAUAGAACAAGAAUUGAGCAGCUAAUUCGAGGAGCUGUUGAAUCUGACUUGUUGUUACUUCAGUUGCGUUUGAGAGAGCGACGAGAAAAUCCACCUACCUUUUUAGCUCUCUUGAAUGAGAUCAGGGAGGCUGAAGGAAGCGAAGCUGCCAGAUACAGUCUGGGUGUCACUUUCAAACCCGUCCCACGACCACGACAGAAACUUUCUAGUCUGGCUGCAGUGAGAGAAUUAAAGGCUGAGAUUCAAGAACUGCAGACCAAAGUAACUGAGGAACCUUCUAAAGUACCUGUGUCAGAGACAAUGUUGGAGAUAAAGCCAGUACCAAGAAGAAGAGAAGCUGACUCACCGGUAGACUUAGAAGUACAGUCACUAAAGAGGCAGGAGCAAAGACUAGAAGAGCAGCUGGUUUCACUGAGUGUCAGACAGUCCUCACAAAUAUCCAAAGAACCAUCACCAGAGCAGGCUGUUGCUUCUGCAAAACCAAGAUUUGAAGUGACUAAAGAAGAUUACUUCUGCUACAAAUGUGGGGAAGAUGGCCACAUUGCUCCAAGAUGCAAGGCUACUGAGAAUUACAGCCUGGUGAUACAGAAGCUUGUGCGAUCAUUAAGAAAGACCCAUAACAGUUGUACACAGAGGAUAGUUAUCCAUCUGCCAAAUUCCUCAAAGAUUGAACUUAGCUCUCCAAAAAGGUAUUCCGCUUCACCUAAAUGUGCCCGAUCGAUCAAGAAGUACGUCGAAGGAAUCCAGAUAGCGCUCCUAAUCGCCGAGUGGUUAGGAGUUCCUCUGGCAUCGCGGGAGUGCCACGGAGACUGCCGACUGACCAUAGCCUCGCCUGGACUGAUCUGA